GAAGUCGAUGAUCUUGGCUUUGAAUGCCCUUGGAGUGACGAUAAGCUCGAUGAAUGCGAUAAAACGGCCGAGGAGAUGAGGAAGGAUUAUGCGAAAUUCUGGGCCGAUUAUUUCCCUAUCGUGAUACGUCGAAGAAAACGUUGGGAGAAAGCCGACCCGAGACGUAAUCCAAGCACACAAAUUUGCCCUCUUAAUCGCUCUCAAUUCCAGAUAUGGUUAAGAAAUUGUGCCCCCCGUGGAGCACCACGAGUGGUGAAUGUACCCGAGAGUGUUGUUGAAGCAAUUCGGCUCGAUUUACCUCGAACGUUCCCGAACAACCAGUAUCUUCGAAGUGAACGGGUCCGAAACGCUUUGGGACGAGUACUGUACAGCCUUGCACAGCAUGUACCUUCUGUUGGAUAUUGCCAGGGGCUCAAUUUUGUCGCUGGUUUGAUUCUACUGGUGCUCAAGGACGAGUCAAAAGCAUCCGACCUGCUUGUGCAAAUAGUCCGACAACGACAAGACUACUACAAUGAGUCCAUGUCAGGCCUGCAAAGGGAUACCAAAGUACUGCAGUGGAUUCUUUCAAAGGAAUGUCCCGAAGUGGUCCGUACGUUGAAGGCGCUCGAUGUCGGCUUGGAUUUGAUCAUUGGGAAGUGGUUUCUUUGCUGGUUUGCUGAAGUCCUUCCUCUAGAAGUAGGUUGA